AUGCGGGAAUUGAAGAUGCUUCGGACUCUGAAACAGGAGAACAUUGUAGAGCUUCGAGAAGCCUUCAAGCGCAAAGGAAAACUUUAUCUUGUGUUUGAGUAUGUAGACAAGAAUAUGCUGGAGCUGUUGGAACUGCACCAGAACGGUGUUCAGUUUGAAAAAGUUCGAAGCCUGACCUAUCAGUUGUGCAAAGCUGUUCAGUGGUGUCAUGCCAGGAAUAUCAUUCACAGAGACAUAAAGCCAGAGAACCUCCUCAUCAGUAAAGCUGGUGUCCUGAAGCUGUGUGACUUUGGUUUUGCUCGUAACAUUGCUGGGGGAGCUGAUGACUUGUUCACAGAUUAUGUUGCUACAAGAUGGUACCGUUCUCCGGAGCUCCUCAUUGGUGCAUCAUACGGCAAAGCAGUGGACAUCUGGGCUAUUGGAUGUAUCAUGGGGGAACUAGCCGAUGGGCAAGCAUUGUUUCAAGGAGAGACAGAGAUUGACCAGCUCUUUGUCAUACAGAAGAUGCUGGGGCCACUUCCUGAUGACCAAAUGAAGACCUUCACCAAGAACCCCCGUUUCCAUGGACUGAAGUUUCCUGCCGUAAGGAAGCCCAAGUCGUUAGAGAAGCACUAUUAUGGAAUUCUUCCCAGCGUGGCCUUGGAUUUUAUGAAGGCUUGUCUGCAGCUUGAACCUUUAAACAGGGCCACUGGGGAUGACUGUGUCAACCAUGUGGUGUUUCAAACUGAGAGAGUUCUAGACCGCCAUCUUUGCCAGACGCCGAAAACCAACAGUGGCCACAGCUGUAGCAAACGCAGGAAGACAGAAAACAGCCAGAUCCAACAGAAUAGAGAUUCAGGUGUCACGCAGAAUGAAAAUGAGGCAAUGGACAUUGAACUAGAGAAGCAGACGGAGCAAGAGAAAACAGAAGUGGCCAUUGUUAGCCAGCAGCAAACAGAUGAAACAGGUGCUGUAUGUUUGACAUUUCAUCAGUGUGAUGUUGAGUUCGAAAAACUAACAAAGUCCUCCAUUAUUAAGGAGUCGGUGUUAAAUAUAAACUUUGUGACUAAAGAUUCAAAUCAAGAAGUCAGCGUGCCCAAAGACUUCAAGAGAAAAAGCACACCCCAGCCACCGAAACAUUGGAUGAAUAAUCAGGGUAAAUGUACGGAAGGGUUGCACAAUAAGGGGGAGAUAAAUGUUGGACUUCCUGUUUCAAGAGGAGAGAGUCGCACAAGUUAUUCCAAAUCUUAUAUAGAUCCUAUAAAACGAGAAUCAGAAAAUGUUCCUAGUGUUUCAAGCAGUGGAAUAGUUCUCGGAGACACUCUAAAGAAGCCACUAGGCGGAAACAUGGAUAAUAUCCAUGUUUCAACAUUUGCUGAUUUCCGUGUGGGGAGCAUUUUAGAUUUUGCAUCAGGUGCAGCAAAUCAACCAUCUGCUCCAUCCGUCAAAUCAUUCAGAAAGGUACAAGAGCGAAGUGUUGAUGACAGUAACGAGUUCAAUGAAGAAAAUAAUGAAAAUAUUGAAUGGGGGAACAAUGGCUCCAGGUUUCUGAAAUUAAAAGGAAAUGUUUCUUUCAGCGAUGAACAGAAUAAACAUCACGUUCCUUCACAGUUCAGCCAUCCUGAUCUGUCGGUUUCUUAUGACCUGAAAAGUGGAACCGGCAAGAUGGAAGGCAGCUACACACUCUCCAACCAAUCCAGUACGGAGACACAUCAUGUGAUCAGUCAGAAUAAUGGACAGAAUAACAACAGCGGCACUGUGAACUCGCUUUCUAUAACUAAAUUGAAUACUGGAGUUAACACGGACAGACGGAAG